GACACAAAUUUGGAAGCUAGUGGUUGAAUAUGUCGAAAGAUGAAACGGCUGGUGAUGAAGGCACGUGUGGUAUUCGUAUUCUAGUGGAUCCACCAGCGAGCCUUCCGUCGGAAGAUGUGCGCAAUUCCGGCAAAGAUGCUCACCAAGACACUGGAAUCCAACUGGAGACGCUAGACAUUCCUAAUCAUAGAAGAAGAUCUACCAUGGUUCCACCGAGUUUGGCUACAGUUCCAUACGGAGUUGAAAUGACCAACGAAGCAUUUGGAGUGACUGAUGUUGGCAAUGAAUCGAAUGACGCUGGAGACCAGCAAGAGACGAUAGAAUUGCCGGGCAACAGAAGAAGGUCAACCAUCUUACCACCAACUCUGGCAACCGUUCCAUCCGGAAUCGCAAUGGAUAACGAAGCCUUCACGUUAGCCGAUGAGCCAAAUAUUGCAACCAUUCCGCCUUCACGGCGUGCGUCUCUGAUUGACACGAAUUCGCAAAACAGUUUUCGUUUGGGUCGGAUCCAAUCCAGCCUCAGACGAUUCGGAAUGAACUUGAGCCGUAGAGGUUCGACCUCUACCAAUACGGAAACAGUUCCACGCAUUGCCAACUACAUCAACUUCUUCAACGUUCGAUCCAAUUCACGUCCGACGUUGGAAGACUUACACGAACCUGUUUCAAGAAAACAGAACGUUGCCAGCCUGGAUCCUAACAAAGAAAUACCGGUGCCUGUUGGCGACAAAUUCGGAUGGAUCGAAGGUGUGCUCAUCCGCAACAUGUUGAGCAUAUGGGGUAUUAUGCUUUUCCUCCGAAUCUCGUGGGUUGUGGCUCUUUCAGGGAUAUGGCAGACGUUAAUCAUUAUAGCUAUUUCUACAUUUAUCACCUUGAUGACGGCUCUCUCAAUGUCGGCCAUCGCUACGAACGGUGAAAUAGGAGGAGGUGGGACUUAUUACGUCAUGAGUCGAGUAUUGGGACCUGAGUUUGGUGGAUCAAUAGGAGUGAUUUUCGCCAUCGCCAAUGCGAUUAACGCGUCGCUAAAUAUAGUCGGUUUCUGCCAAUCGGUUCAGGAUGUAAUGAGGAAUUAUGGUGGCGGAGCAAUUAUCGUCGAUGGAGCAGACAACGACAUCCGUAUUAUCGGAACUAUUACAAUGAUUGCCGUUUGCGCUCUCUGUGGGCUCGGAGCUAAAUACGAAGCAAAGACGCAGGGAGUGAUGUUGGUUAUUCUGCUGGUAGCAUUGUCCAAUUUUCUUGUCGGAAGCAUAAUGGGCCCUGGCAGUUCUGAACAGAAGCAAGCCAAAGGAUUCCUGGGCUAUGACUUGGAGCUCAUCCGAGAAAACUGGAGUCCUGGCUACACGGUUACUGACGGACAAAUGCAGGACUUUUUCUCCGUCUUUUCCGUCUACUUUCCAGCCGGAAUUGGUAUCUUAUCUGGCGCUAAUGUUUCUGGUGAUUUAAGGGAUCCCAACAGCGCCAUACCUAAAGGUACAAUCCUUGCCAUUUGUAUCACGAGCCUCUCUUACGCCUUUGUUGCUAUAAUAUGCGGAGCAACUAUGAAAAGAGCAGCUACUGGCAGCGUGGACGAUUUUAGAAAUGGGACUCAUUUGGACUGCGUCUCCAACAACUGCACUUACGGAAUUUAUUACGAUUACCAAGCAAUGACGCUCAUUUCGGGUUUCGGCCCGUUAAAUUACGCCGGAUGCUUUGCCGCUAGUCUUAGCUCGGCGCUGGCCAGUUACGUCUCUUGUCCGAAACUGUUGCAGGUCAUCGCCGAAGACAAACUCUAUCCUUAUUGGUUAGUUGGCGUUCUGGGUAAAGGUUACGGAAAAUCCAAUGAACCGAUUAGAGCGUACGCUUUUACUUUCGUCCUAGCGCUCGUCUUUGUCUUGAUCGCCCAUUUGGACGUGAUCGCUCUGUUGAUUUCCAAUUUUUUCUUGGCCACGUUCGCCCUCAUGAAUUAUUCGACGUUCCACGUCAGUUUGGUCAAGCCGAUCGGUUGGCGACCCACCUUUAAGUACUACAACAUGUGGCUGAGCUUGCUAACAGCCGCUUUAUGUGUGGUUGGUAUGUUUUUGAUAAGCUGGCCAGUGGCUCUCAUCACGAUAGCCAUCGUCCUCUUUUUCUACCUCAUCGUUCACUACAGAAAUCCAGAGGUCAACUGGGGAUCAUCAAGCCAAGCACAGACUUACAGUGAGGCGUUGACUAGCAUCCAACAGUUGGUGCACGUCGAGGAUCAUGUUAAAAACUAUAGGCCUCAGAUUUUGGCUCUGACUGGGCAUCCAGCUUCUCGUCCAGCGCUCGUCGAUUUUGCUUAUCUCAUUUGCAAGAAGAAUUCCAUACUCAUCUGCGCUAAUAUUAUGAAAGGCCACCAAUCUUCAAACGAUCGAAGUCAAAUAAGCAAGAAAGCUUAUCAAUAUUUAUGGGAUCACAGGAUUAAUGGCUUUUUCACACUGGUUAACGACGUGAACUUGCAACAAGGAACGUCAGCUCUACUUCAAGCCGCAGGUGUUGGCAAAAUGAAACCCAACAUCUUGCUGCUCGGCUUCAAGAACGAUUGGCAAGUCUGCGAACAUCACUCACUCGACCACUACUUUGCUGCCAUACACACGGGCUUUGAUCUGCACGUAGCGGUGGCCAUUCUCCGUACGCCAGAAGGUCUGGAUUACACCGCUAUGUUAACUGAUCUAGACGACGAAGAUUAUAUUCUUAACACGUUGGGCAACCUGCAUCGGUCAUCCUCAGCAAGCACAAUCAGCAUGGAUUCAGCGUCAGGAUCAGAAAUUACCGUGGGAAACCAAGACGAGGCGGUGCAAGUCGAAGUGGAAAACAAAAGAACAAGAAAACGGUCCAAAUUGGAUUCUCCGAUAUUAACGGAUCGACGAGGGAAAGCGUUGCCAAAGCACAUUGUUACUUGCAUUACUACCUUCCGAUGUAAACAGCGAAGAGGUUUGAUCGACGUCUGGUGGCUCUACGACGAUGGAGGGCUGACGUUAUUACUUCCCCACAUUAUCCAUACGAGAUCAAACUGGUCUUCAUGUAAAUUGCGCGUCUUUUGCGUCGCAACGGGUCACGAAGAUUUAGAGAACGAACGGAAAGGGAUGGCGGCUCUUUUAGCUAAAUUUCGAAUCACUUAUUCGGAUUUGACGGUCAUUAAGGAUAUUAAACAACCACCUAAAGAACCGACGAAAACAUGGUUUGAUGGCCUCAUCCGGGAUUUUGUUGGCCGUGACCAACUGCCAGUAACAGAACUGGUUGCUAUGCGUACCAAAACCGAUCGUCAUUUAAGAUUGCGAGAGCUGUUGAUUGAACAUUCUUCCGAAUCCAAUUUGGUAGUAAUGACACUGCCGAUGCCCCGUAAAGGAACUAUCGGCGCCCCACUCUACAUGGCUUGGUUGGAGACCUUGUCCGCCAAUAUGCCACCCUUUUUGCUGAUCAGAGGCAACCAAUCGUCUGUACUGACCUUCUACUCUUAAUACCAAAAUCGGCAGAGGGUAUCAUAAAAAAAAAAAAAAUCGAACCGCAAAAUAAUCCGGUUCAUUAUAAAGCGCUAUAGUGUCUAUCGCGUUAACUAAAACUGUUGUAAUAACCUUGUUAUAGUUAUAUCAAGUCUCUUUCUUACGAGACGAUAGCAAAUCAAAUGCGGAAAAAAAGAAUUAAACGAAUUGCGACCUA